AUACUACCAUUUGCAUCGUUAAUAGACAUAUUUGAAAAUUUACUAAAAAUGUUUGAAACUGUUGAAAAUAUUUAUAUUUUAAAUUGUACUCGUACAGUUGUGACCCAUCCUUAAAAAUGAAGGCUACGUUAAUAUGUAUAAGCAUCGUAUUGUGUGUAUCGAUGCUGCAGGACGUACGUGGCGGUAAAACUGUGAGCGAAAAGAAAUUGAAUAAGUGGAGUGCGAAAAACGAAGAUGUAAAUAAGGAAGAUAUCAAUAUUAGAAAUUUAAAUUUAAAAAAAAACAAAGCACUCAACAAACACAGAAAUAAGCUACAAGAUUUGUUGGAAGUUAUACAAUAUGUGAUCACCGAUGCAAUUAAUAACAAAGAAUUCCGCACCUUUAUGAUUAAACGAUUCUUACACAACUACGUUCCACAAGCAUCCAAAUAUUUGGAUACAAUAAAGGAACUUAAAAGGAAAAUGGAUCCAAAAGCAGCCGAAGAAGACGAUAAUAAAGAUGAAGCAAUGAAACAUCAAUAAAUAGUAUUAAUAUCUAUUAUUUAUAUACUUUAAAGUUAAUUAAAAACAUAUAAAAAUAGAUUGAAUAUAAACUAAAUUUAAUCAAAUUUGGCAAUAAUUUAUUUACAAACAACCAUAAAAAGAACAAUAUUACUCUUAAUUUUUCAUUUUUUCUCGGAAAUUAGGUAAUUACUUAUAAUCCAUUACAAUACACAAAAUUAUCAUUUAUAUAGUUUAGUUAAUCUAAUAUUUUAUAACAAACUUAUAUGGAUUAGGUUUAGUUUCAAAUUUUCAGUUAUAUAAUAAUAUUUCUUAUUGUUUCAUUGUUUACGCAUAAAACAACACAAAAA